AGAACAACCAGAAGGGAAAAGAACGAAGCAGAAAAAGGGAAAGUCUCUGAAAUAUAACCCGGUGGGAGGAUACUUAUCUUUGAUCUCUUUGUACAUAUAUCCCAUGAAUUGACCUCCCUUUCCCUACGAACCUGAUCAUUUCCCGUCAACCACUGCGCACAAUCACCGCGGUAUACCGAGCACCUCCGAACAGCAUCACAGAUACUAAUCGAUUGACCGACGGUUGACACUCUCGUGAAGAGUAAAAGAAAUACCACAAUGUCAGCCUCGGAAUCACAACCCGGCCUACCAAAGAACCUAUUCCCCCACCGAACCCCCGCAGCCGCAAGCUCAUCAACAGAGGAGUCCAAAGAUGCGAAUGGAAUGACGAAACUGCCCAACGGGGUCAUUCUCGAUAAAGAUGGGAAACCAUGCCGCCUCUGCACCUCCGCCGCAUCCUGGCGCAACCUAACCAAACAAGCCAAAGCCCAAGGCGCGGCCUCAACAACAACAACCGCCACAAAACCAACCUCCGAGUCAACUACUACCCAACCCCAACCGCGAGACGACUGUCCCCCAGACGUGGAAGCCCUGGGUCGUUCAACAUGGACAUUCCUCCAUUCCCUGACGGCAUCGUAUCCCGUGCAAGCGUCGCAGGAACAACAGGGCGAGAUGCGGACGUUCCUGAAGAUCUUCUCGCGCUUGUACCCCUGCUGGGUGUGUGCGGAUGAUUUCCGGAACUGGAUGGCGGAGCCUAGUGGGCGUAAUGAGCCGCGGUUAGGGGGGAGGGCGGAUUUCGGGACGUGGAUGUGUGAGGCGCAUAAUGAGGUGAAUCGGAAGUUGGGGAAGAAGGAGUUUGAUUGUCGGUUUUGGGAGGAGAGGUGGAGGACUGGGUGGAAGGAUGGGAGGUGUGAUUGAUUUAUGAUUUGCUUGAUUUGAUGGGUGGUAUGGAUGGUAUAUGGUUUUACUAUAGAAUUUGUUAGAGUAUAGAUGGGGUUCGGAUUUGUAUGAUAGCUUGUUGGCAUGAUCUCUCUACUCAACUGCGAUAUGGCAGGUAUGGGGACGACUCUCUUCUCUCUGUGUAUGUAUA